CAUCCGGGUUCAGGCCGCCGCCGGGAAGGGCUUUUCACGGAGAGUGCGGAGCUGCGUUCGGUUCGCUGGGCGGCUCUUAGAGCAACUGGCCAUGUCUCUGUCCCACUUGUACCGGGACGGGGAAGGCCACAUGGACGAUGAUGACGAUGAGCGAGAGAACUUUGAGAUCACCGACUGGGACCUCCAGAAUGAGUUCAACCCCCACCGGCAGCGCCACUGGCAGACCAAGGAGGAGGCCACUUAUGGGGUGUGGGCCGAGCGUGACUCGGAUGAGGAGAGGCCCAGUUUUGGAGGAAAACGGGCCCGCGACUACUCUGCGCCCGUCAACUUCAUCAGCGCAGGGCUCAAGAAAGGGGCGGCUGAGGAGGCAGUGCUGGAAGAUUCUGAGGAUGAAGAGAAACCGAUUAAGCAGGAAGACUUUCCUAAAGAUUUUGGACCAAAGAAGUUAAAAACGGGUGGCAAUUUUAAGCCCAGCCAGAAAGGUUUUGCAGGAGGAACCAAAUCUUUCAUGGACUUUGGCAGCUGGGAAAGACACACGAAGGGAAUUGGGCAGAAGCUUCUUCAGAAGAUGGGCUACGUCCCUGGGCGAGGUCUUGGGAAGAAUGCACAGGGAAUCAUCAACCCCAUCGAAGCCAAACAGAGGAAAGGGAAAGGAGCCGUGGGGGCCUAUGGCUCGGAGCGGACCACGCAGUCCCUGCAGGACUUCCCUGUGGUGGACUCGGAAGAGGAAGCCGAAGAGGAGUUUCAGAAGGAGCUGAGCCAGUGGAGGAAAGACCCCAGUGGGAGCAAGAAGAAGCCCAAGUACUCCUACAAGACGGUGGAGGAGCUGAAGGCCAAGGGCAGGAUCAGCAAGAAGCUCACGGCUCCCCAGAAGGAACUUUCUCAGGUCAAGGUCAUCGACAUGACGGGCCGGGAGCAGAAGGUCUACUACAGCUACAGCCAGAUCAGCCACAAGCACAAUGUGCCUGACGACGGGCUCCCGCCGCAGUCCCAGCUGCCACCCCUGCCCGGCAAGGAGGCCAAGGCCCCGGGCUUCGCCCUGCCCGAGCUGGAGCACAACCUGCAGCUGCUCAUCGACCUCACGGAGCAGGAGAUCAUCCAGAACGACCGGCAGCUGCAGUAUGAGCGGGAUAUGGUGGUGAACCUGUCCCACGAGCUGGAGAAGAUGACCGAGGUCUUGGAGCACGAGGAGCGCGUCAUCUCCAACCUGAGCCGGGUGCUGGAGAUGGUGGAGGAGUGCGAGCGGCGCAUGCAGCCCAGCUGCCCCAACCCCCUCACCCUGGACGAGUGUGCCCGUGUCUUCCAGACCCUGCAGGACAAGUACUACGAGGAGUAUCGCAUGUCGGACCGCGUAGACCUGGCCGUGGCCAUCGUCUACCCGCUCAUGAAGGACUACUUCAAGGAGUGGGAUCCCCUCAAGGACUGCACGUACGGCACGGAGAUCAUCUCCAAGUGGAAGAGCCUCCUGGAGAACGACCAGAUCUUGUCUCACGGCGGUCAGGAUCUCUCUGCAGAUGCCUUUCACAGGCUCAUCUGGGAAGUCUGGAUGCCUUUUGUUCGAAAUAUCGUCAACCAGUGGCAGCCAAGAAACUGUGACCCGAUGGUGGACUUCCUGGACAGCUGGGUACACAUCAUCCCCGUGUGGAUCCUGGACAACAUCCUGGACCAGCUCAUCUUCCCCAAGCUGCAGAAGGAGGUGGACAACUGGAAUCCCCUGACGGACACGGUCCCCAUCCACUCCUGGAUCCACCCGUGGCUGCCCCUCAUGCAGGCGCGGCUGGAGCCCCUCUACUCCCCCAUCCGCAGCAAGCUGUCCAGCGCCCUGCAGAAGUGGCACCCCAGCGAUUCCUCGGCCAAGCUUAUCCUCCAGCCCUGGAAGGACGUCUUCACUCCCGGCUCCUGGGAGGCGUUCAUGGUCAAGAACAUCGUGCCCAAGCUGGGGAUGUGUUUGGGUGAGCUGGUCAUCAACCCCCACCAGCAGCACAUGGACGCCUUCUACUGGGUCAUCGACUGGGAGGGGAUGAUCUCCGUCUCCAGCCUGGUGGGGCUCCUCGAGAAGCACUUCUUCCCCAAGUGGCUCCAGGUGCUGUGCUCCUGGCUCAGUAACGGCCCCAAUUACGAGGAGAUCACCAAGUGGUACCUGGGCUGGAAGUCCAUGUUCUCAGACCAGGUGCUGGCCCAUCCGUCUGUCAAGGACAAGUUUAAUGAAGCACUAGACAUCAUGAACAGGGCGGUGUCCUCUAAUGUUGGGGCCUACAUGCAGCCUGGAGCGCGGGAGAACAUCGCCUACCUCACCCACACGGAGCGGAGGAAGGACUUCCAGUACGAGGCCAUGCAGGAGCGCCGCGAGGCCGAGAACAUGGCCCAGAGGGGCAUUGGUGUGGCUGCCAGCUCUGUGCCCAUGAACUUUAAGGACCUCAUAGAGACCAAGGCCGAGGAACACAACAUCGUGUUCAUGCCCGUCAUUGGCAAGCGGCAUGAGGGGAAGCAGCUGUACACCUUUGGCCGCAUCGUGAUCUACAUUGACCGGGGGGUGGUGUUUGUCCAGGGCGAGAAGACCUGGGUGCCCACCUCCCUACAGAGCCUCAUCGACAUGGCCAAAUAGACCAGAGAUGCGCCUCACAGA